AUGGUUCCGGCCGCGUUCUGGCCCGCGCUCCUCGCUCCGGGGGCUGCAGUAGGACGCUGGGGCCGGCGCCCCCGCCGCGCCCCAGCCCCGGCCCCGGCCCGAGCUCGCUCGGCCGCCCGGCUGCUCCGAGUGCGGCGGCCCGAGCUGGGCCGGCCGCGCGCCUCGGGGACCCAGGGGCCGCGCGUGGGAGGAGCCGAGGACGCCGGCGCGCGCCGCCCCAGACCUGCCGCGCCCCCUGAGGACCGGUCCCCCGAGGUCCCGCCCCUAGCCCGAAGACGCUACCGCAAACUCCGCUACACUCCUCGAGGAGCGCCCCCCGCCCGCGCCCUGCAGCCUGAGGACCCGCUCCCAGCCCCCUCCCGGACCCCGAGGACCCUCCCCAAACCUUCCGCUCUUCCAGGACCCUACGCCAACUCCCACCGCCCCCUCCUCUCACACCCACAGGCUCCUCCCCGCGCCUCGAGGACCCGCCUCCGAAGACCCGCCGCCGAUCCCCGCCCUCACCCCGUACACCCAGCUGAGCCGUCCCCAAGGACCACCCCGCGCCCCCGCCAAAACCCGCCCCAUGCCUCGAGGACCCGCCCCUCCAAGGACCCACCACAAUCCCCGACCCGCGCUGCUCCGACACAUCUCCCAGUAACCGCGCACGGGCCAAGGGGGGACCAGGCCUCGCAACUCCCGCUACGCACCGCACCCCUCCGCCUUGCCGAACCGCUCCUGAGGACCCGUUCCCGCGCCCGCCCCCGAAGUUGCUGCUUGCAGGUAGCUUCGCGCCACGGUAGGAGCAACCCCGAGAGGAAGAAAAGAAGCAUCGUCCACCCGCCCAGGCAGACCCAAGAGGGCUGCAUCGAGGAAUCUGUUUCCCAAGUCACCCAGAAGGCCCAGAAAGCGCCCCAGGAAGUGAGGACGCCCCUGGCACAUGGCCACUCCACAGAAAUCCCAGCAGCCGUGGAUGUCCAGAUGCAGGGCAUGGCCCUGAGAGGCCCUGCUGGAGAACCCCAACCCGGGCUGGAGAGCCAGGGCCGAGCGGCAUCCAUGCCUCGCCUGGUGGCAGAGACUCAGCUGCCCCCAGAUGCCAGCCCCGUGAAGCGCUCCAUCUCCACGCUGGCUCCCCAGCGCCCCCGUGUGGCUCAUCUCUGCAAUGCCACCCUGGACCGUGCACGAGCCACCCAGGCUGCUUCCCACCACCACCACCACCACAGCUGCCAUCGCCGCAGGGACAGGAAGCAGAGGUCCCUGGAGAAGGGGCCCAGCUUGUCUGCAGACACGGAUGGUGCACCCAGCAGCACUGCGGGCCCAGGGCCACCCCAGGGAGAGGGGCCUGUGGGCUGCCGGAGGGAGCGCAGGCAGGAGCGUGGCCGGUCCUAGGAGCGGAGGCAUCUUCCUCCUCCGAGAAGCAGCGCUUCUACUCAUGUGACUGCUUUGGGGGCCGCGAGCCCCCACAGCCCAAGCCCUCUCUCAGCAGCCACCCUACUUCACCAAUGGCCGGUCAGGAGCCAGGACCCCUGAGACAGGGUAGUGGUUCAGUGAAUGGGAGCCCCUUGCUGUCAACAUCUGGUGCUGGCACCCCUGGCCAUGGUGGGCAGAGGCAGCUCCCCCAGACCCUGCUGACCCCCCGUCCCAGUAUCACCUACAAGAUGGCCAACUCCUCCCCUGUCCACUUUGCUGGGGCUCAGACAAGCCUCCCUGCCUUCUCCCCUGGUCGGCUUAGCCGUGGCCUUUCUGAACACAACGCCCUGCUCCAGAGAGACACCCUUAGCCAGCCCCUGGCCCCUGGCUCUCGAAUAGGCUCUGAUCCUUACCUGGGACAGCGUCUGGACAGUGAGGCCACUGCCCACACCCAGCCUGAGGACACACUCACCUUCGAGGAGGCUGUGGCCACCAACUCAGGCUGCUCCUCCCGGACUUCCUACGUGUCCUCCCUGACCUCCCAGUCCCAUCCCCUCCGCCGUGUGCCCAACGGCUACCACUGUACUCUGGGGCUCAGCUCUGGUGGCCGGGUACGACACAGCUACCACCACCCAGACCAAGACCACUGGUGCUAGCUGCACCAUGGCCGCCACUGCCACACGCCUGCUCAGCAGGCACAGUCCAGUUGAUGAGUUUUAUCAUCCACACGGCUCCCAGGGACGCUUGGGGGCCUUGUCUCCUGGGCCAGCUGGGUGGAGGCCCCGCUGCUCCUCUCUCUUCUCUCACACUGGAUGGAUCACUGAUGAUCUUUCCAGAGGGAUGAGGCUCUCUCCAUCCCCUAGUGUGCUGCCUUCCUGGGUCUCAUACUGUAGACCCAACACAGGAGUUGGUGGCGUGUGAUGAGCCGGAUUCAGGGAGUCUGAAUCCUGUGAGAUGGACCCCUGCAUCUGGUGUAUGUGCUUGGAAUCCUUUUUAGGAGGUCUGAAUAUUGUGGGGGGGGCAUCCUUUAUCCAAAGGUGUGUUACAGAGAAGCAGACCAUGUCUAAAAGUUUGGUUAGACCUCAGGAUGGAGUCGAUGGCAGACAGCACCUUGGGAGCCCGGCCGUGGCUCUGUGCAGGUCUUGUCAGCAUCCACAAACACACACGUCUGGGAUCACUCUUCAUAAUUUGAUCAGCAAGUAGACAAUAAAAAUACACUCAAAUGCUUUCUGUCCUCUCCCAGACACUGUCAGCUAUGCAAGGGCCAAAUACAAAAAUGUUUUUGCCAUUCAUUUUGUGUUUUAAUCCCAAUGCCCUUCACUCUUGUCAAUUCUAUUUAUUUGAUCCAGAAAAAACAGAGGAGAAAAAUGGAGAAAGAAAUGUUAACAUAACUUAAAAAAAGUCAAACCCUUAGGAAGAUCUCAGCUUAUCACGACGCAUGUGUGUGUGUGACUUGUACAAGGAGAUGUGCUCCCAUCCAGUCCAGGCAGCCCCCCAGAUGACCCCUCGCUCCUGCCACUCUCCACCAAGUGCCUGACUCCGAGCUCUCGUGCCAGGCUCCUGGUGGCUGUGACGUGGGGCCUGUGUGAACUGUGGGCGGGUUUUGUGGAAACCAUUUCAAACAGCAGCCAGGUAAAAGGCUGAUGCCGAUGGAGAACACUGAGAUAAAUGACAUCCAAGAGGGUGGGUGCAGUUGAAAAUGGGGUGAUCAUUUCUCCCUUUCCUCCAGUCACGGAAGGCUGUCCUGAGAAGCCACAGAGCAGUGUAGGACAUGUGCUUGCUGGGGGCACUCAAUCUGUUUUCCAUCUGAUUCUCAGGGAUGGGCCGCGAUCUGUGUUGUCAGGAAGUUUUACAUAAGGCCGGAGAAGAGGGAAAGAUUGGAUGGGUGGGGGUGGUUGGGGACAGGGCGCAUGGGGCAGGAGGGAGGGCCAUGUCUGAGCAGGUGUGGGCAGUUGGGACUCCCAACUGAAAUGAGGCUGAAAUUAAGGUGAAACAGCCAAUGAAGGAGAAACUCAGCCACUGUGGCUCAGGGAGGGGCAUCUGAAGCCCAGCAGUGUUUCUGGCACAUGAUGCGGGAAAGCCGGCCGCCGACAUGCAGCCUCAUGGCCACUCCUACAGGGAAAAGACUGGUUAGGACUCUGGGCAUAAAAUGGGGGGAGACUGUUCACUUGGGGCACACAGGAAAUGUUUAUACGUGUCGAUCUGCUGUGUCCUCCAUGUCUUGAGGUGUCAGAUGGCUUCUUUGAUGGAUCAUCUGAGUGCUCCCAUUGGCCUUCAGCCCGUGAUUCUCCUUAAAGAAACAGCGUGUGGUGUGAGUGUGCGUGUCUGUGUGUGGAGUGCGUCCAGUGAGUGGAUGCCAAAAACCCACAGGGCUAUGCAACAAAACACACAAGGCCACCACCUAUUCUAGAGCUUCAGCAUGAUUGUGACCAAACCAUUUUAUAGACUUUCUUUCCUCGAAGGCACAACACUAUGAGACUUUAAGAUAACAGAGUAUUUCACUCCAGUAGGUCGGUGCAUGUGAUUGCUGCACUCCUGCUGCAAAACAGAAGGAUGUGUAUUUUGAUACUGAUGUUUGUCUCUGCUCCCCAGCCUAUGUUAUUUUGAAUGUAUCUUUUCUGUGCAGAACCACAGCUGACUCCCAGGCCAUUUUGGGUGGGAAAUCCACUUUUCUAGACUCAGAGCCUCACUGGAUUGUCUGGACUCUUCUAGACGCUGGGAUCAGUGAAGAUGACAGAGAGUGGGGGAGGAGACACCAUGUCUUGUUUUCCUGACUCUGGGUUUUGUUUCUGUAUUGUCUCUUCUUAGCUAUCACGUUUCCUCUGAAAUCUCACAGUGAGUUACCAAAUUUUAAAUGCAUCAACAAGUUGUCUGCAUCUGGAACCAAACAGUGGCUGUAGUUUGAGCAAGUUAUGUGUGCAUGUAAAAUAUAUACAUAUAUACAAGUAUGUGCAUGAAAAUGUGUAUCUUCGUACUUUUUGAUACAUUGUAUUCAUUUGUUAAUUUUUAAUUUUAUUUGAUAUAAAUCAAAAGUUUGCUGCAAAACUAUUUUUAACAACAGUGUUAAAAAAAAAAAAAAGGAAGAAGUCCCAACCCUGCAACACAGCUGGGACUUGCUUCAAAAAAAAUUCUGUGAUUGACUAGUGCUGCCUGAGUAACAUUUAUCAGCCAAACUUUGGAUUCUGCUAUUGUUUCUACAAUGACAUUUUGUAUGAAGCAGUCCUUGGAUUAAAAUAAAACUUAGCAAAAAAUCAAAAACAAAACCCCAUCCUGCUGCUGGGUGGUAUAUUCGAGGGGUGCUGGAUUCAGAGGCGGGUGAGCACUGGGGGGUGAGGCCAUGUGUGCUGGCUGGCACGUGGGUGCACAGCGAGGAGGGCUGGGAAGGAAACGGACUUAUGUGACUUGUUCUUGGCCUUCUGGUGACAUGAGCAUGAAUCAGGGUGAGGGUCAGCAUGUACAUGUGGCAGGAGGAGUCACGGUGAGGCUUCACAAGAGCUGUGGUCAUGCUUGAAUUAGGAAUUGAAUACAGUUGGGGGGGCGUUAAGGCUGGGAUCCAGCAGGUAUUGGCUGAAGUUCUGCCUGGCUGUAAGUGUUCGGAUGGGUUAGUGCUUAGGAGUUAGGUAAG